AGCUGCUGAAGAUGUGUUCGCCGUUUGGCCACUCCUUCAUGUCUGGCCGCCGUCGUUCCUCCUGUUCAGGUGGCCUCCGUUGCGCUUGGCGGUGCCGCGUUGGGCACCCUCCGGGGACAGUGUCGCGCUCGUCACCGUCCCUGGGUGGGUGGGAAGCCACCGCACUGUUCGUAAGUGCUGCCUAGCCUCGCCGUCGCCCCCGACGUGUCUGCGGCCAUUCACCGAUGCGGCCCCGCCAACGUUGUCGCGACCGCCGUGAAAAGGCACGGAGACCGCACCGGAACGGCGGCCGCUGCAUCGCCACACACAACCACGCACACAGGUGAGGCAAUCCACCGUGGCAAGAAGACAUGCAUGAUCGGAUGCCAACGAACACCGCCACGGUGGUCCACCACCCGCUGACGGACCGCCCUUCAUUGCUCGCCACUGCUGCCCCCUCUUUGCACGCAGGCCGCAAUGCGUUACGGAGCUCGCACGCGCCUCGUACGAACAACGUCGUCUGCUUUCAACGUUCUUUAAGCACCUGCGCUGCCCUGCUGGUUCGGAGCUCGCACCUGUGCGACGCCCGUGCCGAGCGGGAGGCGGAGCUGCUCGUGUUGUCCCUCCCCGAAGUCAACGCACACCCUGCGGCUCGGGUGGGUUUCGCGUCGCGGAGCAGCUCGGUGGCUGACGCGGAAGUGGGUGCAAGGCCGCUGCCGGCGUCGGUGGUCUAG